AUGGGCAGCGUCCAAUUGCCCACGGUCGCCGUCUGCAGCCAGCAAACGGGGCUCCAGGCGGACCUGCGCACCUCGUUGCGCUUCUGCAACCACUCAUCGGACGAAGUCGCAAUAUUCUCUGCCGACGAUAUCAUACGGCAGCGCAAAGACGAAAAGCUGUGGAUCAUUCCCGCCGCCGGAUGCCGAUUGCGUAUAUCUCUUAAGCUGCUCGGCCGCGUCUCUGGCCAAAGCUUGGCAAUGAAUGAAGUGGCACGCUGGAUUGAAAGAUGCGAUAUCUGGAAACGCCUUAGACUGCGGUUGCGGUAUUGCGAAACAUCUGGUGACUCGACGCUGGAGUUUUCUCUACAACAUCCUGACCUCCCAGCGUCGUUGAUUUGCCCGCCGACAGCGGCGAAGACUGAGCUGCAGGACAUACGCUGCCAAAUUACAAUCACAAGCUCAUCGCAAUCGCGGCGAGGAAGCAAGAGAAAGCGGGAUGCCUUGAAUGACAGUGGCGAUGAGGCGCUAUUUCAAUUACGGAGUGACACCUCAUUGACUACCGCCUUGGAUUCCGAAGAUCGAUCUGCUGUGCACGGUUUUUUGAGAGGUCUCAUGAGAACAAAGGAAUAUACACCUGCGAAAUAUUUCGAGGUUGUAUUGCAGGCAGCAAUAACGGCACUGAUUACCGGCUCAGCUAGGCAUUUCACAGGCGUCAGGGUCGCCCACGGCAGCACAGCGUAUGCUCUGGUGAAGCUCUUCCCAGCAGUCUUUCACGUGCCCUAUAUCGAAAAUAUUUCAGACCGAGCUCAGCAUAUGCCAAUCAUUAGCAACGCUUUAGCUGCCAUGCAGCAGAGUGCCCAGUCGCCUGCACUAAAGCGCAAAAUUGAGCGUCUUGUUCACCGAGGGGGCAUUGAGAAACAUUUGUGGUGUUCAACCCUGUCUCAAAUAAGACAACUAAGCGUGCCUGGGCCCAAGAUGGUAGCUGCUAGACACUAUGGUCAAGAAGCAAUGGAGCACACGGUGACGCAUCGCGAAUCGGGAUCGGACUUGGUCCAUUUUGCGGAAGGCCUCUUUUCCACUGACCUCCAGAGCGGAUUCAAUGGUAGUGCCGAGGCAGUUUCUUCGGAGGUGCUUCCGUCUACCGUGGAGAUUCACUAUGAUGCACUUGAACAUGUGAUGCCUUCCACUGAGACAUUCGCAGAGGCAAGAUUUAUCGGAGGAAGAAGAACACAUUUCUCGGGAGGCGCAGAUGGUCCAAUUACGUUUGGCAGCGGCUUUUACACAUGA